AUGCCACUGUUGUUUGUGUUUCUUCUUCUGUCUCUACCUCUCAUCUACCUUCUUCCAAGAAUCAUCAAAAAGCGAUCAAGAUUCAGUCCACCAGGCCCUCUUGGACUACCCUUCAUCGGAAACUUGCACCAGAUCCGUCGAUCAAGCCUCCAUACUUCGCUAUGGCAACUUUCCCAAUCCUACGGCCCAAUCGUGUCCCUCAACUUGGGUUUCAUCCCCGCUAUUGUUGUUUCUUCAGCCAGUGUAGCGAAAGAAGCCUUGCAAACACAAGAUAUAAUCUUUUGCCGUAGGCCAUCAUUUGUUGGAACAAAUAAGUUAUCAUACAACGAUCGUGAUGUGACUUUUUCACCCUAUAAUGAGUACCGGAGAGAGAUGAAAAAGAUCUUUAUGCUUCAUUUGCUAGGCCCUAAAAAGGUCGAAUCUUUUAGGUAUAUUCGUGAAGAUGAGGUGUCCAGUGCCAUGAAGAAGAUACAUGAGCUGAUUCUAUCGUCAAAGCCAGUAAACUUGAGCGAACUCUUGAAGAGUGUGGCUUGUACUAUCAUGAUGAGAGUGGCUUUUGGAAAGAGUUACCAACAUGGAUAUGACGUAAACGAGGUUAUUCCGCUUUUCCCUGAAGUUCAGGCGCUUCUGGCGGAUUUUUUCGUUUCGGAUAUUUGGCAUGGUGUGCCUUUUGUGGGUUUGGUUGACAGGUUAUUGGGCAAGAUGGACCGACUAGAUAAAUGCUUCAACUAUUUUGAUGUAUUUUACCAGAAACUCAUUGAUGAACACAUCAACACUGGGAACUUUAUGUCCAAUGAGGAAGAACAGGAUUUUGUUGACAUUUUACUACGACUGAAAGAAGACCAUAACCUCACGUACGAUCACAUGAAAGCCUUGCUUAUGGAUGUACUGGUAGCCGGAACAGAUACUAGUGCGGCUACAGUGGUUUGGGCAAUGACAGCACUCAUAAAGAACCCUAAAGUGAUGAAGAGAGCACAAGAAGAAGUAAGAAAUGUGGCUGGAAAGAAGGGUAAAGUAGAUGAGGAUGAUCUUCCUAAACUCACAUAUAUGAAAGCAGUUGUAAAAGAGACCAUGAGGUUGUACCCUCCGGUUCCCAUUCUAGUACCUAGAGAAACAACAAAAGAUGCCGUUUUACAUGGCUACAAAAUCAAGGCAAAAACUGUGGUUUUCGUGAAUGUGUUGGCUAUUGGAAGGGAUCCUGAAUCUUGGGAGAGCCCAGAGGAGUUCUUGCCGGAGAGGUUUUUGGGAAGCAAUAUCGACUUUAAAGGGAAUGAUUUCGGGUUGAUUCCUUUUGGGGCCGGCAGAAGAAUUUGUCCUGGAAUCUCAAUGGGAGUUGUCACUGUGGAGCUUUUGCUUGCUAAUCUUGUUUACAGGUUUGAUUGGAGGUUGCCGAAUGGCAUGAACACGGAAGAUAUAGACUUUGAUGUUAUGCCGGGGCUAACCAUGCACAAGACGAAUGAUCUUUGCCUUUUAGCUAAUGUGUACAUGUAAAAUAUUAUUAUGCAAAGGGUUAGAAUGUUUUGGUAUAUAAGGGCAUACUAAAGCUAGC